AUGCUUUUGGAAUUAAGAACACAGUCACUGGACAAUAAGCAGAAAAGAAGAAGGAAUCAUAAUAAAGAGGACAAUCACCAUUCUCCCCAGUCCAAAAGGAGUAAGAGACACCCUGUCUUUCAGGAGUCUCAGGAUGCAGAGUCUUCAAGCAGUGAUAAAGACAGGAGCAGCAGCAGUGUUAAUACCCCAGAGAGAGUAAUUGGACCAGAAAGCAGCUUAAACCAGAUCGUUGCUGAACCCAACAUGAGUACACCUCAAUCCUCAUAUGAGGAGUAUGUACUAUGCCAAGGUUCUUACUCCCACAUCAACCAGAUCUUAAGGGAGGAACACUUCAACAGCCUACAGCAGCAAGGACAAUCUCCAGCAUGA